CACCAAGAGCUAUGAGGUUUGUCUACGGCCUGCCUUGAAUCGGGAUUCUUGCGAUCAAAUCAGAAUGCCUGACCGUCGGUUCAUCCAAUUGAGCCGGGCCUAUCCUCAUAUGUUCAAUUGCCACAACAGCCCCCAGUGUGCUUUUGAGCAAAACAAAGGGCUACAAGAGCUCCAUAACAAGCUAAAAUGCCAGUACCUUUUCGGGUUAGGAGGGGAAGACGGAGUCCUGCUUUCUAAUGCCAAGAUGGGUCUGAUUCUUGACAAAUACGCAGGUUACAAGGAAUGGAGAGCAAGGAAAGUUAAAGUUAUAUCAGACAUGUUUUUUGAUCGUAUAAAAAAUGAAGCAGGGCGAUUGAAUCUGACCUUUGAAGAUCUUUACAUUGCCGUGCUGCUCAUCUACAACCGGAUCAAUAAACACUUGCCGGCACCACAUUUUGAUCCUCCUACAAAACAACAAGUCAGGGAUCUGGUGAAGAAACAUGAUCUCAACCUUGACGGAGAACUCAGCCGCAACGAGUUUGUCAGUUUCAUCAGUCAGUUAACAAAAGAAACAGUCUUCACCGUUAGUCAAGGCCUGAUGAUUUAUUUUGCUGUGGCACCAAGAGUAGCACGGAUGACACGCAAGAAAACAGAGGGAGUCCCUUAUAUUGGUAAGGUGGCUCAGAAAUUGCCUGAUCCAGUUUAUGCAGCUCUUUUGACUGUUGCAGUCGUGUUGAUCAAGAAACUAGCCAAAUCAAAGCAAAUGAAAACCCUAUUUUAUCUAAUAUUUAAGUAUUCCAAGAUUGUGUGAGCAGUUAUAUUCAUAGGCUCAUAGCGAAAAUUGACCAGCAUUUUUUUUCUUUAAUUUGAGGACAACUGCUUAGAAAGAAAUGUAGAAACCAAAC